AUGUCCACCGAUUGGAUCCCUAUCAGUCAAGACCAACGAUUGAAGAAAAAGAUCAUUACAGCUGGUUCAUCCGAUGAGCAACCACCCAUUGGAUCAAAGGUUUCAGUUCAUUACACUGGAACAUUGACCAGUGGCAAAAAGUUUGAUUCUUCUCUUGAUAGAGGCCAACCAUUCGUUUUUACAUUGGGUAAAGGAGAGGUCAUUCGUGGAUGGGAUUUGGGAGUCAAAUCCAUGAAGAAGGGAGAGAAAUCGUACUUUGAAAUCCCUUCCGAUUAUGCCUACGGAAACAAUGCCAUUCCAGGCCUCAUUCCAGCCAAUUCAACUCUCAUGUUUGAAAUUGAGUUAUUAUCAUGGAAGUAA